UAGCUCAGCUUUUCAGGGCAGUUGUUGCACCAUCUUCCAUACCAAUAACACCAUCUUCCUUUAGAUAUUUUUUACAACUCCCCAAAACCUGUAAAUUUACAAACAAACAAUUAAUUUAAUUAGCUAAUUAAUUAAAUAUUAAAUUAGAUGAAUAAUUUAAAAACUCACCCACUUUCGUAAAUUCCGCCUCCCACCACCCACUUCCUGCCUUUUUGUAGCACCAUUCUAUUCCCAUUUUUAUUCCCCUAAAAAAAAAAAUUAUUUAUAUAUGAAAUCCAAACUCCCCAACUUCAUUUUCUCUGCUUUCUCCCCUGUUUUUCUCCUCUUAAUUCCCCUGUUUUUCUCCAUUUAAUUCCCCUGUUUUUUUUUUCUUCAAUUUUUUUUACAAUUUUUUUUUUAUUUCUAAAAAUGGUGAAUGAUUUUAUGGUGUGUGUGGAUAGAAUAAUAGCCACAGCAUGUUUACAUUCUUCAUCUGGGAAUGAAUUAGAAGAUGGAAAUUCUGGGGUUCAUGAAAAAAAUGAUCAGAAAAAAAAUGAAAAAGAAAUUAAUAAUAAUAAUAAAAAAAUAAUUAGUAGUUCAUCUUCAAGUUGCUUGCUUCAGAAAGAGUGUAGGAUUUGUCAAGAAGAAGAUGAUGAUCACUCUUUGGAAUCUCCUUGCGCUUGUAAUGGUACUUUGAAGUUUGCUCAUAGGAAAUGCAUUCAGAAAUGGUGCAACAAAAAGGGCGAUAUCACCUGCGAGAUAUGCAAUCAGGUGUUUACACCCAAUUAUACGCUCCCACCAAAACCUGUCCCUGAUGUCAUGGCAGUUGAUCUUAGUCAAGCUUGGGGUCAUCAUUUUGGUUUCCCUGACCACCAUCUUUUGGCUCUAGCUGCUGCUGAGCGUCAAUUACUGGAAUCAGAGUAUGAAGAUUAUGCUGUUGCAAAUGCUGGCAAUGUCACAUAUUUGCGCUCAAUAGCUAUCAUUUUGAUGUUUGUCUUGCUAAUCCAUCAAGUGUUGAUGAUUACAAGAGAUUUUGGGCUGAUGCAGGGGUAUAUGACAUUUUUUCAUUAUGAAGUUUCCUUCCUUCAGCUUGCUGGCUUUCUUCUUCCAUGCUAUGUCCUGGUCCGCUCAUGGUACAUUUUGUACACCAGGAGGAGGCGACAGGUCUGAGCUAUCAACAUUGACGAGAUUUAACCAAUGUCUGACUUCAGACGAUUUUACUCCAACAAAGCAAGAGGUAUCAACUGCAUACGACUUGUUGAUUCUCUACAUAGCAUCAUCUAGAUUUCGCUACCAACUUCCUGCUAGUUAUCAUACUGGUUUUCUACUCCUUAAAUAUGUAGGGCGGCACUCAAGCAAAUUGUAAAUGUGAAACUCGAGUGCUUUAGGCUAUUAAGCUCUCCCCCCCUCUUUCUCACUUCUCCUCCCAUGGUUUUCAUGUCAAUCUUUUGAGGACAUCAUAAAAUGAUGUCAGGGUUCUUUGUAAAUGUUGCGGAAAAUGUGAAUUAUCGGAAAGCCUAGUGAUACUAUGACGAAUAUUUGAAAAUGCCCAUUGUGGCCAAUUCAAAAUUGAAAUCCAAAAAUCAAGGUUUGGAUAUUUGUUG